GAAUCAUUUGAGGAAACCCCAUUGUUAGUUGCCAUCCUCACUUACAUCGGAUACGCCAUCCUCAUCAUCUUCGGCCAUGCUAGAGAUUUCCUUAGGAAGUGGAAUCUGGAACCUGUCCCUCGAGCUCAAGAGCCUAAGCCUGAAAAGGGCUGGGUGCCGUUGUACCAGAGUUUCGAAAGCUUCUACACACGCAACCUCUACAGAAGGGUUCGGGAUUGUUGGAAUCGACCGAUCUGCAGUGCACCGGCUGCCAUCUUCAAACUGAUGGAGAGGUACACCAGCGAUCAGGGAUGGACCUUCAAAUACACAGGGCGUGAGUUGGAGUGCAUAAACAUGGGCUCGUACAACUACUUGGGGUUCGCCCAGCCUACUGGAUCCUUCAUCGACCAAUCAGAGGAGGCCGUCCAUCGCUACGGCCUUGGCGUCUGCAGUUCCCGGCUCGAGAUUGGCAGCGUAGAUCUACACAUGGAACUGGAAAGUUUGCUGGCGGAGUUUCUGGAAGUCGAUUCCACGCUGACGUUCGGAAUGGGCUUUGCUACCAAUUCUAUGAAUAUUCCUGCCCUCGUCAGCAAGGGUUGUUUGAUACUGAGUGAUGAACUGAACCAUGCAUCUCUUGUUUUGGGCUCUAGGUUGUCGGGAGCAACAGUCAGGAUAUUCAAGCAUAACGAUAUGGUGGACCUAGAGUGCAAACUGAGAGAUGCAUUGUUCCACGGCCAGCCCCGUACAUUCAGACCCUGGAAGAAGAUUCUAAUUAUUGUUGAGGGGGUGUACAGUAUGGAAGGAUCGAUAGUGAGGCUGCCCGAAAUUAUUGCCCUGGCAAAGAAGUACAAGGCCUACAUCUAUCUGGACGAGGCGCACAGCAUCGGGGCGGUUGGUCCCCGCGGCAGAGGUGUCACAGAUUAUUGGGGGUGCUCCCCAAGGGAUGUCGACAUCAUGAUGGGCACGUUCACCAAAAGUUUUGGAGCAGUCGGUGGAUACAUUGGAGGCAAGAAGUCUCUCAUAGACCACUUAAGAUUGCGGUCGCACAGUUGCACGUACGCUGUCAGCAUGCCCGCCUUAGCAGCCCAGCAGAUUAUAUCGACAAUGAGGAUCAUCAUGAAUAAAACUGGAGACGAUGAUGGCCCUCGUAGGGUGGCCAAGUUGGCAUGGAACUCUCGCUACUUCCGGGCCAGGCUGAACAAGAUGGGCUUCAUAAUUUACGGCAACGUCAACUCGCCUGUCGUGCCCCUCCUGCUCUUCUGUCCUGCCAAGGUCACAGCGUUCAGUAGGGAAUGUCUGUCUCGUGGGCUUGCCACUGUGGUCGUUGGUUUUCCUGCCACCCCCAUCAUCGAAGCCAGGGCCAGGUUCUGCUUGUCUGCCGCUCACAAUCGAAGCACGCUUGAUCGGGCUCUGGCGAUCAUUGAUGAGGUUGGGGACUUGCUGCGAAUCAAGUAUUCAACCAAACAACCACCACUGUCGUCACACUCAGAAUGUGAUCUGCAAUUUAUUAAAAGGUUCUCAAAGCAUAUUUACACCUCAAAUGUACUUGAGCACUUUUUAUAG